AUUGUCCUUGAUUGCGCAACCACUCUCCAAAAACACAUCCGAGGCUCUUUCCCUGAAAAGCUUGUUUGUCUGAGUCAGUGUUCGUCCCUGAAGUGGAGAGGGUGGUCUUCAUACAGAACAAUAACCUCAGUCAGGCUGCGCCACACACACUAGGAGGAAGAUGGCUGCUCUACUGCUGCUGAUGUUGGUUAGUGCUGGAGUCCUGCUGUCUUCUACUGAGGCUCAGGAGGCUUACAGUAAACUCCCUGAUAACUACAGGAAAGGAGUGGAUCUGUCCCUGCAGCAACUCAACUCUCACUCUGGAGUCAAGCACCAUUUCCUCUUCUUCAAGACUCUCCUGAAGUCUGACAUAGAGGUAAAAACCUGGUGCCGAAAACUAUUGAGGUUUCUAUUGCUGGGAGGUUGACUGUGGCAGGACUGCGUUUUGUGUAGACCAUUCUGGUAAAUGUUUAUGGUUGUUUAGUCUACUCAAUGAUACAUUUUCUUCCUCUAGCCUGGAUUUGGUGUGAGCUACAUUUAUCACAAUUUCUACCUGAAAGCCACCAAGUGCCCAAAGGGAACGGUUGACUCCAUGCAAUGCAAGUUCAGGAAUGACCGAGUGAGUACCUGGAAUUGUCUGAGCACAGUUGUGCUGAAUCAUCAACAACCUUUAGGGCUUUCAUACAAUCCCAUAAGUUAUACACAUCAAAGUUUACAGCAUGGAAUUGUAAUGUACAUAUAAUGCUGUCGUAUUGUGUGUAUUUAUACAGCCAUUGAUAGACUGUGCAGUCUGCUACAAAACCUUUGCUGGAGAGAUUGAGAAGGAUCCCAAACCGUAUGUCCACUGUGUCCACAAACCAGCACUUACAGAGGUUUGUUGGAUCGCUAGUUGUCCCCUCCCCCAACUCUAAUCUGUUUCAAUCACUCACCACUCAAAUUCUAUAACAAAGUAUGCUUAUGAAGAAAAUGUUAGAAUUGUCAUGAGGAGAAUGAUAGAAUUGUCUAUAUACUAGCUCCUAUAAAGAUUAAGGACAGUAUCACAAGAGAGGUGAACUCUUUCCUAUAAUCUAAUUCAGAAACGGACAGUAAUUGCAGUGAUUUGUUCCAUCACAUCAUUGAGUAAAAAUGGAUGUUGAAGACAAAUAUACAGUAUAUUGUGAAGGUUAUUAAAGCAGAAUAUUAACCUGUUUAUUUCCCCUUGUGAAUUUCAGGAAAUUACGACAUCAAGAGUAGAACACUGUAACACAAUGGGUUACCACAGUGGAGCCCCAACUCUCCUGGCUUCUAAAUCUUAAAGUGAAAGGGGCCAUGUUAGUUCUGUGCCAUGACGAAAUGAUGGUAUUGCAGAAUACAUCUGGAUUUAGUCUGGAAAGACAGCCUCAUUUCAUCUGUAUUCUGUAUUCAUUAUUCUGUAUUCACCUUCAUACUGUUUCUAAUUACUUUAAACACGCUUAGGCUUAAGUUCCAAGUGUUCACUUCAUGUAUGCUAUGUACGUAUUUCCUAUUCCUCUACCUCUGCAAUAUCCCAGUAGUUGAGCUAGAUGCUUUACUACUGUGUAGCCCAUUCUUUGUUAAAAUGUUGAAAGUUGAGUGUGGUACAUUUAUGUUCAAUAAAGUUUUA